GUUUUCGUGCGCAAGACGUUUACCUCGGAUUAUUUAUUUUAUUUAACCCACACAGUAAUUUCCACAUCGACUGCAGUGUUAUUUAGAAGUUUAAAAUCCAGUUAUUUAAGCGCGUAACGUUAAUACAGCACUGAAAGUCUGCAGGGUUUCCGUUGGUCUGGUUGCUAAGAGACGGAGCUGUCAACCAUCAGAGCAACGAAGAAUGUCGUCCAAUUAUACCGCUAACCAGUAUGAAAAUGCCUUCAAGUCUCAUAAACUGCAGAACUGGACCGUACCAAAACACUACAAAGAGUCUCAGAGGCCCUCAGCAGCAGAGGGCCACACUGCAUUUAUAGCCACAGAUCGAGGUCAUCUGCUUCCUGGUGUGAAGCGUGGAAGCCCCUGGACAUCAUUCCAGGGAACCUGGGACUUACCGAGACGUAUCCCUCCAGUUCAUAUAAACUCUACAGCUCGCUCACUGGAAGGCCAAGAGCGCCUCAAGGCUUGGGGGCAGUCUCAGUACCUGGUCCAGUCAGCUACUGAUAAGCCUCAUGAAGGACAUAACACUGACAAGGAGCUACAGGAUCCAGCAGGCACUCCAGCUCCAGAUGGCGAAGAACCCAUUCCAGAGAAGCCAUCCAGUCAAGCUCAGUCCAGGCCUGGAACUCAACAGAGUCAAGCUCCAUCUAGACCAGUCAGCCAGCAAAGCCAUGAGUCUCGACCACCCUCUCAGCAAAACAAAGCUGAGUCUAGACCAACUUCCCAGCAAGACCAAAUGGAGUCGGGAAGUAAGAUAAGGGCUAUCCAAGAUCAGUCCAGACCAGUGUCUCAGACCAGCAGAAGAGGCCAAUGACUAAUCAUUCAUCUUAGCAGAAUAAGCAUAGUGCCUGUCUGUUCUUUAAUAAAAUAAUUAGAUAUUAGUUUGAAGACCUGUAUUUUUUUAAAGAUCUACAGUAAUAUGCACAGAGACUCCCAUUUAGUUUAUUUAAUUUCCAGUCAAAACAGCAGUUAAUUCCAAGUUAUUAACUUUUCAGUCAGGAAAAAAGCAGAAAACACAUACAAGUCUCCAACACUAAGUAUGAUAUUUAAUCUGUCUAUAAAUAAAUCCAAUUUUUCCACUCUU